CGAGCAUGUCCUUCUUGUUCAUUCUCACGAGGUGUCUUGUCAGAGAACAACGCAAAAACGCGUUUCUGUUUCAGAGUGGUGAUUUUUCCUGGAGUGACAAACUUAGUGAGACGAGAGAGAAAAACUAAAAGGGAUUGAAGAUGAAAAGAGUCUUAUUAAAUACUAUUUACCAAGAAUGAAGAUCAAUA